UUCUGUAUAUAUCUCAAGAUAGUGGGUACCAUUUAAAUAUAUCUUCAAUUAGCCGAAACCCAAUUUGUAUAUGUCUGCAAUUUGGAGAAUUUUCUAUUCCUAUCCAAAUAAUGGAUAGCUAUUUUGUGUAUCUCAUUGAAAUAUUGGAUACCCAUUUUUCAUAUAUGCUCAGGUAUCUGAUGCCCAUUUUGUAUAUCUCUCCAAGUAGUGAAAACCCAUUUUGUGCAUGUCUUCCAAUAGUUAUUUGAGAUGUAGUGGGAUAUUAUAUAGGUUUGGUUGUUUUAUUUCGUAGUAAAAAAAAGGAAUAAAAGAAGCGUCAACGGUGUAAUCGAGAUCGAGCUUUUCAGGGAUCUUGAACUGUAAAGGUGUUCUUCAUGAGAAUGGGACAUGCGACCUCUGGUUAGUUGGCUAUGUCAACCCCAUCAGGUCUUUUACUUCAUAUACUUGUUGCAGAAACCUAAAUGGAAGCGACAAGAAGUUGAUUGAAUAUAAUCUUAUGUAUGAGAAUGUAGAAAUGUGGGACUUGAUAUCUGUUGGGGUCCAUGGAUAAUCGACAAGCUUUUGACCUCCCUUACCUUAUAAUCAAUAUUCCCUGGAUAUAUCCCUGUAUUUCAUUCUACAGCCUUCAUCCCUGAAUGAAUGGAGCUUUUUAAGGAUAUAAGAAAAUAUUCUGAUUCUACUCAAUCUGCAUGGCAAGAUCGUAACUUUGCAAGGACACUUACACUCGCUGAACCUUAUCUAAAUUUGAAACCCUCAAAUCAGCUACUCUGCAUAUGAUUCAUAAUAGUUCUGGGGAGGGAAAAGCUAUGGACAUGAGGAUCAAGUUUUGUUAGUGGAAGAUAUGUGAAGAGUGCCUCUUCAUCCUGUUUUGUGAGACACCUGCUUUGCAACUUGAGCCGUGAGCUAUGGAUUGGUUCUUGGGAUUUUCGAGGCACGUGGGGAUCUCCUAGGACUGUGGAAUGUAGAAUCUUCAGAUGAUGAUUUUGUGAUUGGCUAUAUUCUGUUACAAGAUCAAGAAGGAGUCAUUCAGCCUUGCCAAGGAUGUCGUUUGGCAACAUGACAUGUUCGAGAAUAGCAUGUCAGCUCUCGGCAUGCCUGCAGGACCAGAGGCUGGUGCCAAAUUGUACAUUUCAAAUUUGGAUUUCGGAGUAACAAAUUCUGAUAUAAAGGAACUUUUCGCAGAAGUUGGGGAGCUUAAACGAUGCACUGUUCAUUAUGAUAGAAGUGGCCGUUCAAAUGGUACAGCAGAGGUGGUUUAUAUUAACAUGAGUGAUGCUGUCGCAGCUGUGAAGCGAUACAACAAUGUUCAGCUUGAUGGUAAACCAAUGAAGUUAGAGAUCAUUGGUACUAAUUUGACUUUGCCUGUAUCUGCCCGUGUGAAUUUUCCUGGAAGAGGGCGGAAGACAGUGGUGAUGACUCCUGGAUUUACUCGGGCAGCAGCUGAUGCUUCCAUUGAGCGAAGGAGUAGCAAUGGCUGGAACCGUGGCCGUGGCACUGGUUCAAGACGUUUCCGUGGUAGAGGAAGAGGACGUCGUGGCAGGGGAAGAAGUCAGGGCCCAGAGAAAUCUGCUGCAGAACUUGACAAGGAGCUGGAAACCUAUCACACUGAAGCAAUGCAAACAUCUUAGGAUUCUUAGCUUCUGCUGCUAGAAAGAUACAAGCUCUUGAGUUGUGUUGAAGCUUUUAAAAAAGCAAUAAAUAGCACUUUAACUUUUUAAACAUGCAAGACCAAGAAUACUUGAGGAGGCUGGUUUUAUUAACGCCAUCUUUUAUACCAAUUAGUCAUGUCAAUCAUCAAUCUUAGUUGAGAUGUAAUUUCUCCUUGAACAUGGCAAGUAGCAUUUUAAACACACUUUGAUGCGAAGCAUGUCUCAUUCAUUAUGAAAAUCAGUGCUGUAAGAUUUCUGGCUGUAA